AUGAUGGGGAAAAGGGAAAUAAUACUUAACAACGUUAGUAAAAAUAUAAAGAAGAAAAUAUGUGUACUUAAAAUAGAUGGUGUUGAUAAUAUUACCUUUACAAAUAAAUCUGCUUCGAUUAUUUACAACAAUAAUAUAAUAAAUGCGUUAGAAAUAGUUGAUACUAUAAAUAACAUAGGUAUUAAUGGAUAUUUUAUAGAAGAUGAGGAUGUAGAAGGGAAUGGGGGGAGCAGUAAUGAUAUUAUUCGGUUUACUUUUUAUGUAAAUGGUAAUUAUAAUAAUAGUGAAACUGCGUGUGAUAGUCAAGUUAAUAUAAGUCCAUGUGUCGAAGAAAUGGCUUCGAAAGCAUGCGGAGAUGAUUAUGUUGAAUUAGGAGGACAUGAAAAGAACGAAACAUAUAAAAAUAAAAGUUGUUGUGAAAUGAAUAAUAAAGGUAAUAAAUUUAAUGUAAAUGAGGAUAAGAAAUUUGAUCAAAACGGAAUCGAGAAAAAUGAUUUUAAUUUGAACAAAUAUGCUUAUAAUAAUGAGGCCAACGGAGAUAGUAAUAAUAAUUAUAUAGAUCAAGGGUCUAUAUAUAAAUAUAAAGACAACCUUGAAACAAAUUGUGAUAUUAUUAAUAAGUGUAAAAAUAAAUGCAAUGAAAAUGAAGGAAAUAAUAUAAAUGAAAAAAUUGGCAAAAAUGAUAAGGAUGACGAUAAUAUGAAAAAAGGGAAAAAAACGUAUGAUGUAUUUAAUAUUUUUCGAAAUAUAACAAAAAAUAAAAAAAUAAAAAGUAAUGAUAAUAUUCAACCUGAAAAAAAAAAACUAUUAGAUGAUACUGAAAAUGUAUAUAACGAAGAUACAGUUAAUCUCAAAGGAAUGAACCAUAAUCAAGCUUUUUAUGAAUAUGAAAAUUAUAUAAGUAAUAAUGAGAAUAUAUAUAUAUGUGAAUUAAGAAUAUAUAAUAUGACAUGUAAUAGUUGUGGAAAUAAAAUAAUUAAUUUUUUAAAAAAUAAAAAUUUAAUUAUAGACGGUAAUAGUUUUGCUAUUGACGAUAAAAUCAAGUUAAAAAUAAACAUUCCUGAAAAUAUGAGUAAUUAUAAGAAUGAUAUAUCUGAUGGAAUUAAAAACAAGAGUAAUAAUGUAAAAUUUUAUGUGAACAAAAUAAUGUCUGAAAUUAAAGAUAGCGGAUUUAAUAAUGAUUUGAUAGAUUUAUAUAAGUAUGAUAAUGGAAAUGACAAUAAUUUAUUUGAUAUAACAUUAUAUAUAUUUAGAGAUGAUAUAAUAAAAGCUUAUAAUUUGUUCGUCCAAAUAAAAGGAGUAAAAAAAGUAGAAUAUGAUAUACAAAAUGAAUAUAUUUAUAUUUUGUAUGAUCCUGAUAUUAUAGGGAUUAGAUGCAUGUUAGAAUUACUAAAAAAAAAAAAUAAUAUUGAUGCAUAUUAUGAUGAAGAUAAAGAAAAAUAUUUUAGAAGUACAAAAAAUAAUGAAACACAAACAUCUAGAAAAGUAAUUGAAUUAUUAUGUUGUUUUUUUAUAAGCAUUAUUAUUAUUAUACUUAAUAGUUAUCAAAUGAGUAUGGGGAAUAUGGACAAUUUCUAUGCAUAUGGAAAUUAUAAAAAUUAUUUUAAAACAUUCAAAUUUGUUCGUAAUUUAAACAACGAGCAUAAAGCAUUUAAUAAUAAUUUUUUUGAACAAAAUAAUAUUAGUUUGUCUCAAAACAUACCUUUUUCUGUUUCGCAUAAAAUGGACAAUAAUUAUAAUUCUAAUGAAAAUGUAGAUUUUCGAAAGAAAAAAAAACAAAAUGAUGACGAAGAAAAAAUUAAGAAAAAAGAAGAAAUAGCUUCGAAUGCAGACCUUAAAAAAAAUAUUGGCGAACAAAAUUUAAAUGGCGAAAAAGACAAUUGUAACCACAUUAAGAAUUUUGAAGAUUCUAUAAAUGUGGAGCAAAACCCUUUAGACAAUAUGAAGGGAAAGCAUCUUCCGGAUGAUUUUAUGGAGGAAACCUUCGAAAAGAAAACAUCGAAAGAUAUAGAUAAGGAUAAUAUAAAAACCUAUAUAAAGGAGACAGGAAAUGACGAUCAAAAUAAGGAUAUUGAAAAUGUUGAAAGUUUCAAAAAAAAGGAAGGGGAUGAUAAAAAUAAGAAUAGUGAAAAUGUAGAAAGUUAUAAAAGAGAGAAAGGAAAAACAGAAGAAGUUGAUGAGGAGGAAACUUUUUUGUUUGAUUUUACAAUAGAUAAUAAAUCUUCUAAAAAUUCUGAGAAUAAUAAAAAUUUAAAGAAAAAUGAAAAUUCGAAAAAAUUAAAAAAUUUCUAUGCCCGUUUUAUGAACAAAAUAAAACCAAAAAAUGUGGAUAACAAAAUGGAAUUGCUUAGAAAUGAUAAAAAUGAAAAUAAUGUCAAUCUUGAAAAUAAUUCUAAUGAAGAAAAUAAUGUAAAUAAAUGCAAAGAACAAAAAGCAUAUAGUAAUGAUAAAAAAAAUUGCGAAAACAAUGAAAAGGAGAACAAAACUCGAAUAAGGAAAGAUAAAUCAUGUUCAGAAAAAGCAUGGUUGAAUAUACUUUUAAAUAAAUUGUUACACAUAUUUAUUGAUGAUAAAAACUUUGCGGGUAUUUUAGACAAAAAAAUAUUUAGUGUCUUAUCAUUAAGAUUAUUAUUGAUAUAUAUAUUAUCCUCAAUUAUAUAUUUGUUUUUUGGUUAUAAUUUCAUUAUUAAUGGAUAUAAGAAUUUAAAGAAUAAUAUAAUAAAUAUGAACGUCUUAAUUUUUAUUAGUUCAUCAUUUUCAUAUUUUUAUUCGCUAUUUCUUUUAAUAUCAUGUUUAAUCUUUUCAAUAAACAUAGAUGGUAUUCCAUUAUAUUUUGAUACAGCUGCAUUAUUAAUAUGUAUAAUAAAAUUAGGAUCUGAAAUCGAACAUUUUUUGGUGCAGUUUUCGAAAAAAAAAAUGGAAGAUUUAUAUGAAAAAACAACAAAGCAUGUUAAUAUUUUAGAAGAAAGACAUAAUAGCCAGGAAAAUAAUAGUAAUUUAAAUAAAAAAGAAAAAACAAAUAGCUCAAAUAAAUUGACAAAGAAAGAAAGUUUUACAUAUUUUGGAGAUGAAAAAAAUGAUGGAAUUGGAAAAAGUGGUAGCAAUGAUAUAUACAAUUGUAAUAAAAAUAAACCCUCCAAAAAUUUCCCACUUAAAAAAUAUUUAUUAAGCAAUACAAUUGAUAAUGGAAAACCUAUUGAUUUAAGUAAAGAUAUUGAUAAAAUAUGUUUAGAAGGGAAAAAAAUAAAUUUAAAUGAUUAUGUAAUUAAGAGCUAUCCUGUAAAAUUUAUCCAAAAAUAUGAUUUAUUAGUUUUUUAUCAAGGUGAAACAAUAUUAGUAGAUGGAAUAAAAAUUAAUGAUGAUGUUACAAUUAUUAAUGAAAGUAUGAUAAGUGGUGAAUCAAAUGGAAUAAAUAAAUAUAAAGGUGAUAAAAUAUAUGCUGGAUCUAAAUGUGCUGAAGGGAUAUGUAUACUAUAUAUUUCUGAUGUAACAAAAAGGAACUAUAUUGAAUAUGUUAAGAAAAUUUUAGAUGAAGUAAAUUCUAAAAAAACAAAUCUCCAAUUAUAUGCUGAUAAGAUUGCUAGUAUUUUUAUUCCAUUUAUUAUAAUAUUAUGUAUUGUAAUAUUUUUAAUUUGGUUUUAUUUAACAUAUUUUGGUUAUGUAAAUAUUAGAAACGAAAAUUAUUUUAAAUUAAAUAGAUUUUUAUCUUGUGUAUUUUUUUCGAUUCAUUUUUCAUUAUCAGUUUUAUGUGUCGCAUGCCCUUGUGCAGUAGGUUUAGCCAGCCCGUUGUCAAUAGCUAUCAGUUCAUAUAUAUGCAGUAAUAUUGGAAUUAUUAUAAAAAAUAUUAAUAUUUUUGAAAUCCUUCUUAAUUGUAAUCAUUUUAUAUUUGAUAAAACAGGGACAUUGACAGUUGGAAAACCUGUUGUUAACAAAAUUUUUAUUUCAAAUAAUUUCGAAACAUUUAUUGAUCAGUUAUUGAAGGAUCGGCCUGGAAAUAAUUUAGAAAUCGAUUGGGAAUAUGCAAAAAAUGUUAAAAAUAUGUGUGCUAUUUCAAAUAAUGACGAAAUAUUAUGGAAUAAUAGUAAUUAUAGAGACGGUGAAAUUGGUUUCUUUAAAGAACUGACUGGUUCCAAAAAUAUUUCGGAUAUUUACAACAAAAUAGAAGAUUAUGAAAAAGUGGAAAAUUGUAAAAAUGGUGAAUAUAUGGAAGUAUAUGAAAUGCAUGAUAAUGAUCCUUCGAAUCUUCUAAAGCAUUGUAAAGGAAAAAAUGUGAAAAAUGGUAAAAAAUGUUUGAAUUAUUUAGAAAGCUUUAAUUGUGCAGGUAAAGAUGUCAAAUUUUAUUCUUUUUCAACUGAAAAUGAUAAUGAAUACAAAAUGAGAAAAGCAAUAGGAUUGAAACAAAAUAGACAAAGAGAAGGUGAUAAAAAAAAUAGAGAUGAAAAUGAUAUGCAUUUUAAUUGUAGUGGAAAACAAACAUUUUUAAAUUAUUUUAUGUCAUUAAUAAAUUUAAAAAAAUACAGGCAAUAUAACAAUAAGAAUAUUAAUAGUAGUAAUAAAUAUGAUAAGUCAUUUGAUAAAUCGUUAAAAGAACAUUUUAUAAAUAAUUCUGUUGUUGAAUUUUCUUCGGAUGAUGAUUCAUAUUCUAGCGAAACAAGUAGUGAGUAUAAUUUAACUGGAUUAUACAAUAAUAAAAAUUAUUCGAAAUAUGAAAAUCAUGGAAAAUAUAUUGAUAGCAAUUCUGACAAUCACUAUGAUAAUAAUCUAAUAGACGUUAUAAAUAAUAUAGGAAGUAAUAAUAUGAUAAAUAGUUCAAAUAAUUUAUCUUUUUCUGAUGAAAAAGAUUUAAAAGAGAAAAUAUGUAAUUGGAUAUAUUUAUUUUUAGGACUAAGUUUAAAUAUCGAAAAAUAUAGUAAUCAUUUAUAUGCUGAGUCUAUUAAUUCUUUUAUUAAUAGAUAUUAUUUUAUAAAUAAAACAUAUGAUUUUAAUAAUAUAAAGAAUGAAAAAAACCAAGGAAUUACUGGUAUAAUAAAUGAAUUGUCAAUAACUAUAGGCACGUUGUUUUACUGUUAUACAAAAUAUAAAAAUACUUAUUGUAAUAAAAUGGAAAAAAUUUCUGAAGAAAAAUUAAAUAUAAAAAAUUUUGAAAAAUAUUUAUAUUCUUGUGAUUGCAGUGUGCAUAAAACUUAUCAAUUUUUAUAUAAUUAUUCUAAUAGUAAAAAAAAUGAAAGCCAUAAUAUGAUUUUUAUGGGUAUUGAAGGAAUAAUAGUUGGUUUUUUCAUUUUAGUAGAUGAUAUUAAACUGGAGGUAUUUGAUUUAAUUAAUCACUUAAAAGAAGAGAAAAAACAAAUUUAUGUAUGUACAGGUGAUAAUUAUACUAAUGCUAUGUAUAUUUCAAAAAUAUUGGGAAUACCAAAAAGCAACGUUUCUUCAAAUACUUUACCUAUGGAGAAGGCUCAAUUUGUUAAGAAAAUACAAUCUUUGAACGAUGGAAAGGUAUGCAUUAUUGGAGACGGUAUAAAUGAUUGUUUUGCCUUGAAAACUGCUGAUUUAGGAUUGUCAUUAUGCACAAGAUCAAAUAUUGUAAUGGACAGUGCAGACGCAUGUAUUGUUGAUAAUGAUAUAAGUGUUAUAACAAAAUUAUUUGAAAUAAGCAAAAAAACCAUAUUAGUUAUUAAGUUUAAUUUUCUUUUUUCUUUCUUUAUUAAUAUAUUUUUUAUUUUAUUGGCAAGUGGAGCUUUUUAUGCCAUAAAUUUUGUUUUCUCGCCCUUUCAUUUCACAUUCUUAAUGUUUUGUAGUUCAAUUAUUGUAAUUUUAUCGUCCCUAUCCUUGAAGCUGAUUCUGAAAAAUGUAUGA